AUGGACUCGGGACCACCCAAGGAGGAAGAGGACUUUCUGAGCGGCCCUAUUGAGGAGCGGCUUGCCCUGAAACAUUGGAAGGCACGGCUCUCGGCGUUUGAGGAGAUUUCGUCGAAAAUCGACGUGCUGCGGCUGGAUGACGACCCCGUGUUUACCUUAGUUAGUGACACCGAUAUCUUCAAAAAGGGGCUUGCUGACGUCAACGUGAUGGCCCAGGAAGCCGCCUAUAACGCCUUUGUUGCUUAUCUUCGCCAGGGGGCGUCGCUGGAGGCAGUGGCACGGUUAAAGCUGAGGGGAGUGAUUUCGGUGAUUAGCGAUAAAGGGUUCGUUCUGAGUCGUCUGGGAACUAAAGCAGCCGCAGUAGAGCUGAUGAUGCUUAUGGUGGAGAUAUUAGAUGACUCCGUGCUUGAGGAUCUCGUCACUGCUACCCUGGCACGACUUGCGAAGAAAGCUCUGGGUAACGUUAAUGCCAUCACCCAGGUGGUCGAUAGCUUUGGCCUUGCCGUGAUCCUGCUGAAACUUUUACUUCCGAUACUCCCAAAGUUAUUCGCUCACCCUGAUCGUACCGUACGGGCAGAGGCGACCAAAUUGGCGGUGGCGAUGUACCGGUGGAUGGGGCCUGCGUUACCGGCUCAAAUAUUUGACCAGCUUAAACCAGUACAGCAAAAGGACCUCCAAAAGGAGUUUGAUAACGUUCAGGGUAAACCUGAGCAGAAGCGGUUUACUCGCAGUCAACAACAACAGAUUGAGCAUUUACAACAAGAAGGGCAACAACCUCAGGAUAGCGAUGUCGACAUGGCUGAACCUGAUGAGCAGGAGUUUGACCCUUACGCCCACAUCGAGCCGAUCGAAGUGCUUCUGAAGAUACCCGCAAAUUUCGAAACUGAGCUAGGCUCCUCUAAAUGGAAAGAACGCAAAGAAGCACUUGAAGCGGUGUUGGCGGUGUUACAAAAAGCUGCGAGAAUGGCUCCUGGUGACUACGCUCCGGUGCUUCGAUUAUUGGCCCGGUGUAUGAAGGAUGCUAAUAUCCAAGUGGUGCAAUUAGCCGCUCAGUGUAUCGAGUGUAUUGUCAAGGGGUUGCUGAAGGAUUUCAGCUACGCCUCGAUGGUGGUGGGUCCGAUGGUGGACCGGACUAAAGAGAAGAAGCCGCUGGUGGCUCAGGCAUUAGCUGACGCCUUAGACGCGGUUUUUGCGGUGACGCUGUUGGCCACUAUCCUUGACGAUACCUUACAAGGGAUGCAAAACAAGACCCCUCAGGUGAAAAUUGCCUCCACUAACUACCUCCAGCGGUGUUUAAGCACUACCAGAGUUGCUCCUACUAGACAAGAGGUUGACGCCAUAAUGGAGGUGGGGGUUAAAUUACUUAACGAUUCUCAGGCACCUAUCCGUGAUGCCGCCUCGGAGAUGAUUGGUACGUUGAUGAAGAUCACUGGCGAACGAGAACUCGCCAUGUUUUUGGCUAAAGUGGAUAAGAAGAGAGUUGAAAAAGUGCAUGCAUUUUACGAAUCGGUGGAAGUCAAUUCCCAAAAGACCAACACGGCUCCUGCUCCGCGAGCACCGGUACCGGUGGCUGCUUCACGAGCGUCGGUUGACGCUAGAACGGCUCAACGUCCUCAGCUGGCGCUACCAGCGAAACGACAGGCGUCGCUGCCGGCGAAACGCCUUAAUGAUGCCACCAAGCGUAAUCUGACUGGUGGUACUGGUCUGGGACUCACUCGCCGACCGUUAUUAGCCCCUCAACUUGCACACACCACCACUGCCACCUCGCGUGAUCCCCUGCCACAACAACAACGAGGCUACGCCACACUGCCUCAACCCACCGUCCAAUCAAUCAAUCUGGCCGAGAGAGAAGAGCUUAUACGUCUUCGAGCCGAGUGUGAGACGAUGAGAGAGCAAUUGAAAGCUCGUAAUCGUGAGGUGAGUGAGCUCCAAAACCAAGUGCACACCAUCACUAAUGAGAGGGACCACUGGCGGGUACUUUUAGAAGACCAAAAGGCCGAGGUGACCCGCGUCACUUUAUCUGCCAAGCAGCGGGAAACCCAAGUGAUGAGGGUGAACCUGGAGCUUGAAGACGCUCGCUACAAGAUUGCUGAACUUGAGAAACAAUUGGAAAGCCGCCUGGGACGCCACCUGCCAGCAGGAGCAGCAGCAGCCAAUGUGCGUCACCUGCGACCGCCACGGGUGGUGCUGGGCGACUUAAGCAACCGCGUCAACAGACUACUGAUUGGCUCGUUGCCGACGACGGAAUCACUGCCGACGCCAGCGGCCUACCCACGGGCCGAUUUCCUGAACAUGGGGGCCAACGAUGACCUGUGGCGGCGGGCGGCUGAGGUUACGCUGCAGUUGAAGGCACGCAUUGAGAAGAUGAAGGCGGGAUCGCGGGCCUCCCUCGACUAG